UCAGAGGGAUUAAAUGCACCGUGGACGUACUACACAUUUCAUCAUGGCUGUUUACGGAACAGAUCAAGCGCUCAUCUGUCUUCUUAUCUUCACGCUGGCAGGAGCAGAGGUGCAGGACAGCCUCUCACCUGAGUGUAAACAGUUCGUGUACAUGGGCACACUGCCUCGGGGGCUUGAGGAGCAGUUCUUCAAAAAGAUCUGCCAGGUCUACAAGGGAAGGCCGCGAUUUGUCACCCUUUACGACACCUUCAGCCACAUCCCGGUGUAUUCUGCGUACACCUUCAAGCGUUCGGAUGGCUCCAAGAAGGUAGAUGUGCCCUGGAUGUAUGAGCCACAGCUCUCUACAGCCUCUGGCUCCAGAGAGAUGGAGCAGUUCCCUUCAGAAAACGUUCAAAAGAGCUUUGAGGACGCUCAGGCUGUACUCGAUGACUACUCUGACAGCGUAAUCUUCGAACGGGGUCAGCUGAAUCCAGACGAGCACCAGGCCCACCCCGAUGACAAAGCGGCCACCUACACCCUGACGAACGUGGUCCCUCAGGUCCGAGAGUUCAACAUCGGUUCCUGGAAACACCACCAACACAUCAUCCGCAGGCGGCUCAACAACUACUGCCGUGGUACCGCCUAUGUGGUCACCGGGGUCACCACCUCAGGGCUCACAAUCCGCCGUCACAACAUCAACCGCCUGGGCAUCCCAACCUACCUCUGGUCAGCCUACUGCUGCACUAAUUUUGAUCACAAUGCACCGUACUCUGAGCGCUCAAAGUUCCCAGCCUUUGCAGCUCAUGGGCUCAAUGACAAGGAGAACAACAAGGUUCAAGAGAUGACGGUGCAGCAGCUGGAGGACUUCCUGAAGAGGGAAACUUAUGUCAGGAGCUCUUUCCAGGUCUUCUAUGACAACUGUGCGCCUCCUAAUAGUGGCCUGCCAAUGCCUUCAGUCCUUCAGAAUUGAUUUUACCAAUACUUACUGCGUAGUUUAACAGCAUAACAAAAUAAUGUAGUGAAAAAGUCCACCAGUCGCUUUUUUGAGUUCAAUUCGGUUAAAAUGCAGUUAAAAGCUCAAGCGGACCUUCAAGCUUAGAUUUUGCUACAUAUAUACAUAUAAUUCACCAUCCAUGUUAACAGUAACAGAUCCUCAGAAACACAAAUUAAAAUAUUACAAAUAGUCUAUCUUAUUCUCAAAUGUAUCACAUAAAUUGUAUUUCAAUUAUGUAUGUAUUUUAUUAUUUGAUAGUGCAUUCACCAGCUUUUACUGUGCAUAAACCAUGAAAACCCAAAGCCUUCAUGCUCGUACUCUUCAUCAACUUUAUCUGGUUAACCUCUCAAUGACGGGGAAGCACACCUGCUUCUGUAGGUCUUUUGUUGAGCAGUCAGAUUAGACUGACAGUUUUGCAUUUUCACACACACCUCUGAACUGCAGCACCAGCAAGCAUUUCUUUUCAAGCUUAUGCAGACAAAUUCAGGACAAAAAAUGGGACAAUAUCCAAAUUCUGAUCCCAAACAAACAUUAACAGAAUAUUCACCGACCUUUAAUUGUAGAUGAAUAAUAGGAAUUUGUGUCUCCAAGCUGAUUAAGAUAAAGAGGAUCAAGACAAACAUUUUUGCUUAAAUUUGGAUCUUAAAACUGUCACGAAAAGCCAAAUGAAAUUUAAAUAAAGGGAUAUCUUUUUGUGACUUUGUUUAUUAUUAUUCAUCAGAA